GAUGCAGAGAUACAGCGAGCAGCGGCGGAGGCCGGGGCGAGCCUGAUAAAAGUUGAAUAACAAUGUUCACUAUUUACAGUAGUGUGUUAAAACGAAUUAAAUUUUUUAGUAGCACAUGCGCAGAUGCAAACUUUUGAAGGGUGCGGACCAAUUUAAUGAUUUUUUUCUCUUUAGAGUUCCUACAAUCCCUUCUCCCUUCCCCCUACCAUCCCUCAUGAAGGGAUGUAUUAUAGUGCGAAUUCAUGAAAAAAGGGGGAGGAGAUCCUUUCAUUAAGUGUACGAAUAUGCAAUUUUACUUUUUACCCCUCUGCUAGUAGUUUAAUGCUAGUCAUGUAACGCAGUUGUUUUUUGUGAUCAUGCAGUCACAACGCACAUAAAUUCAUUUUUUUUUCUUCUUUUUUUUCUCAUUUUCAUUAGUGCUACACCGUGUGCGGUAUUCAUCCAUGUUAAUUAGAAUUAUUUUUCAAAUGCUGACCGCAGUUCAAUAAUGGGAGAUCUUCAACACUACUGUCUUCGAUGGAACAAUUACCAAAGUAGCAUUACGUCAGCUUUUGAAAAUUUGCGAGACGACGAGGACUUUGUUGAUGUGACUCUAGCCUGUGAUGGGAAAAGUCUUAAAGCCCACAGAGUAGUCUUGUCUGCAUGUAGCCCAUAUUUUAGAGAAUUAUUGAAGAGCACACCAUGUAAACACCCAGUGAUCGUUUUGCAAGAUGUAGUUUUUGAUGACCUUCAUGCAUUGGUUGAGUUCAUUUAUCAUGGAGAAGUCAACGUCCACCAGAAGAACCUCAGCACUUUCCUGAAAACAGCAGAAGUACUAAGGGUCAGUGGUCUCACCCAGCAGUCGGACUCUUACAGCGAGACAUCAUUUCACCCAACGGACAAAUCAUUCCACUGCGCACCAGUCACGGAAGAAAGAGCUUCACCACUUCUCUCUAGGCAUCGACGAUCAUCAAGCAAUGUUUCGCAACAAAGGAUACAUAGAGGCUCUCCGGAAUCCAGAGAUACUCCUGACUCCCUGGAAAAUUCACCCUUACCCUUGAAACGAAGCAAGCUCAUGAGCUCAGAUAAUAACCUAAACAACAUCAAUAACAAUAACAAUAACAUUCACUCGAACAUUAGUAAUUCAAAAGAGGCCAAAAAUGAUGAAGAGAUGGUUCAAAAUCUAUCGAGGACUUCAGGGACGCGAGAAUCAGAUGAAGAUAUCGAUGAAAAAGAAUCAGAUAAAGAGCGAGAAAGAGAUAAAGAGAGCAGAGACGAAGACGAACCUCCAGUUGACUUUUCAAUAUCCCUUAAAAGUAAUCUCAUGGUGACAAAAAGAAGAUGUGACUUUUACGACCGAAGCAAAAAUUCACCCUCACGAGAUGACAUCAAGUCAGAACCGAUGGACUUAGUACCUGCAAAACCAACUAAUGCUUGUAACUCCGAUUCAAAUGAUUCCGUAGACAUUUCUGCUGUGAGUGAAUCAGCAGGAUCAGGGAUCCAACAUCUGUCUGUUUGUGAUCAUGAGGAUAGUUUUCAAGGCGCUCAAAAUUACCUUGAUAGUAAAUUAUUCGCUGCAACCAGUUCGUUCAACUUCAGCAUGGCAGCAGCUCUAGCGGCAGAUUCUUUAGCAGGAAUGAAUAGUCAAAAUCAUCCAGGGAACGUUGACAGUUUAGCAGGCACAUCAUCUCAAGGUUUGAUUAUGCCACCUCCAAUGAGCGGAGGCAUAAAUGAGCCGCAAGACUGCCCUUACUGCCGCCGAACAUUCAGCUGUUACUACUCGUUGAAACGCCACUUCCAAGAUAAGCAUGAACGUUCGGACACGCUCUACGUUUGCGAAUUCUGUCAUCGUCGCUACCGGACAAAAAAUAGUUUGACCACCCACAAAAGCCUUCAACACCGUGGCACCUCAGGAAUGUUGAAAAGACUUCUUAAAACAUCUUCUCUCUCACAGUCAGGUAUUCCAGACUUACAAGCAACCUCAGUCUUAUUCGAAAAUAUGCCGUACAGCAACCAGCAGCAAAAAAAUUGUUGAAGCAGGCGAAAAUGGAACCUUAUGUCAAUUUUGAGUAGCAGUAAGGCUGGCUCAAAUUAGCGCUCAUCGUGACAGUAAUUCAUCAGACACUCAAAAAUGCUUCUUCCCAAUUACUCUACUUGCCAGUUGCCUGUUUAUCUUUUUGUCGAGUCUUGUCAACUGUUAACUCUGCUGAGUUACCGAAGAGUCAGUGCAAAAAUGAUGUUUUGAGAAAAUAUUUUCGAAAGAAGCCUCCCUUCUUUUAUAAAUUGCUUCUAAUCAACCAAAAUACUCCUGGAAAACGUCUGAAUGAUUAAUAAUCGACGAAUUUCAUUUUCAACUACAUGAAAUGGGCCUUUUUCAUUUUAGGCAAGACAGCCGUAAGAGCUAUUUUCUGCAUGAUUUUGUGGCUGCGUUUUGGACACAUAACAAACAAAUUUUAAACGAUUUUUCUCAAUAAGCACAGCUCUCUGACAAAAGUAUGUCACUUACUGUUGUUUAGUGUGAAACAAAGUCAAUUGUUGCAUACUUAGUCCUUUCUCAUAGGUCUCUUCUUCUUUUUUUUUUACAAAUAAGACACAUUUUUUCGUUUAGACUGAAAUAGUGGUUAUCUAAAUUAGACUAGAAACAUCUUGAAGGAAACUCGAUUUCAAAAAUUUAAGCACUAUUGCGCUCUUCGGUAACAUAGCAGAAUUGAUGACUCCUCUCUUAAGCUUGUGUCAGAGUUUUGGCAAUUUUUUUAACUGCAACUUGCUAUAUUGCAGUGAGUUUUAACCAUGUAAUUCUCAUCAAUAUUAAAUUCUUACUACUAACCAUGUACCACAGAAUCAAAUUUAUUGUGUGUUACGAUCUACAGUGUCUGUGAUAGGUAGUAAGAAGUUCUUCUUCUUCUGUCUAUAUCAAAUUAUUGUCUGAUAAUAGCUCCUGGAAGAUGAAUCUGGUUGGCACAUUAUCUGAUCAACCAGGAAGUGAAGUUUCUUUGGUUUUGCAGAACUUAUGAGAUUGACCAAAGAAACAACCUUACUAGCCAACUUUGGAACUCCUGGGUGUUUAACUGUGUGUAGUUUUCUCAUCUCUUUUCUGCCUGAAUUUGUAAAAGCAAAUCAUCAUCCAAUGAUUACUCCAGCUGUCACAGUUAUCUGCAAGAUGAUAGAAAAAGCAAGAGAAUAAAAAUAAGAACACCACAUAAGAACUGAAAAACUCGAUAGUUUUUCUUUUUUAAUAAUUAUCUCUAAAACAUUGAAUUAUUUGUUGCUCAGCUACUUAAUAGGGUGAAUUCGGUGACACUGUCAGCUUGUUCUUCACCCCACUGCUAAUCUCAAAAUGUGAAAAUUAUGGAAUAUUAACGGUUCUGUGUGGACAAAAUUUAUGAAGCAUGCCUUUCAAGUAUACUGGAAAGGGUAUUUAGUCUGAAAAUGGGAUCUCAUGUUUUAAUUUUAUUUUUAAAUGUUUUAAAAACAUUUUAAUUCUUCUAAAGUAAGUGUUAUUUUUAUGAUUUGUCGUCUUAUCCAUCAGAAAAAUUUGAAAAAUAGAUUAGGACUAACUAGUACAAACAAUUUUCUCUGUUUUGCUAUCUUGCAAUCAAGUCUUCAAAAAACAAAAAUAAAUCUCUUCACCUUUAAAAAAAAAUCUCCCCAGUGGUGUGUGUUUUGAUUAGUUGACAAGGCAAAGUGUGUGCGUUGCAGAUGUUAUUCUUUUUGAAAUCAAGGUUUUUUUCUCAAGGGUCUAUCAAUUUCAGUCCGAAUUAUUUUGAUUCUGUGUCAAAUUUGAGCUCUGAAGGGGAUUCUUGCUUUCAAUCUGGCGUAAUAUUCGUAGAUACACUUUAACAUACAAAGCCAAUUCGGGAUCAACGUUGUCUUUUAAUGAUUCCGAUUGCCGGAGGUAGCAUAUUUUUUUUUUGUAUCUAAACCACACCCCACUGAGAGUAUCAGUCUUCAUCUUAUAACUUUUAAUGUUGUUUUUAUAAUCUAUAUAUGUAUUAUAAUUAAUGUACAUAAUUUUAUACUUGGCGUAGCGUAGUUCAACUUCGUUACAAUCACACGAUGUUGUCUUUUGAGGACUUCCAUUCAGAUCUUGCUCAGCAACAGUUGGAUAUUAGGUUUUGCGCAACACUUCCAGAGCAAGUUUAUAAAAUUGCUUUCCGUGGAUAAAAUUUUUAGACUGUUCUUUUUCUACUUUCAUAUGAGUAAAGCAUAAGCCACCUUGUCGCAGUGUGCUCCUCAAUGUUAAAUAAUGGAAAAUCCAGGGAAUAUUCAUUUUUCUACCAUGAGGUUUUCGUUCUACGUAUUAUCACUUUUUCUCCAAAUCUUGCAGUUGAUUUUCAACAUUUUAUUUUAAACUGGCAUUUAUGUUUGCUACUCUUCCUCUUCAAAGGAGGAAUUUUAGGCAAUUUAAUUUUCACCACACAGGCAUUUCUAAUCAAAAUAAUACCAAGACAAUUUCUCCUAAAAACCACCGAACAUGAGUUUUACAUAUGCAAGAAACCUAAAUCCAAAAACAAGAUAACUUACUUCAAAAAAAAGUUCUUGCGUUUUGAUAAAUGAGCUCUCCUUCAGUAAUAUUAAAGCUGGACUGUUUUGAAAUUUGCUACCAAUAACAUGCUUAUAGUUCUAUUUGACAAGGUAUUGUGUAUGUGCAACUCAUAACCAUCGGUUUUAACACUGUUGAAACACAUAUUUGAGAGGCAAAAAAUCAAAAGUUUUAAAUUAGAAUCUAGCUGCCUUUUCUACAUCUAGUCAAAUCUCUUGUUGGUCGUUUUCCAUAUUCAUCAGUAACGUUCGUCAGUCCAAACUCUCCUUUCAAUCGUUUAUUCAGGCAAGCUUUUUUCAAAAUUCUAGUCGUAUAUUUAGUACUAUUUUUCCUUCAUCAAAAAUGAGCAAGUAUCUUUUGCCCAAAUGAAGGAAGGGAAAAGAAAAGUAUCAUCAAAGAGUUAUAAAAAGGAAAAUGUUUAUCUUUAUCUAAAUUCUCCCCCUCACCUCAAUUUCUUUAGCUUAUUUUAGGGAACAACAAGGCAAAUCUUGGCGGUCCUAAAAGGUUUAUCGCAUGAAAAAUUUCCGAUUUAUUUCACAAUGGGGAAUCAUUUUUAGUCUCAAAAGAGUUGUCUGUGAUUUUAUAUUUAUACUGCUCUAAAUUUUUUUUGACCCGCUUUCAAAAUUAUCGUGAAAUCAAAAUAUGUGAUCAUUUGUGAGGAAAAUUUUUCGGGUCCAGCAUAUAAUGUUGUAUGUUUUCUUUUAUCAUUUGCUCUUUUGCAUUUUGAGAGUCUUCACAUCUCUCCUCGAAAAGCUCACUGAAAAAAAAGAAGCUAAAAUUCCAAAAUUCUCUUGAAAACUCUCAGUUGUUGCAUGGUAAUCGUUGAUUUGGAAUUCGUUUGUUACCAUGCACACUAUUGGUCCCGAGGAAAGCACCAUCCUCCUCUACUCAUUUUCUUUCUUCUCUGUUUAGGGUUAGUAUAUCGUGACAUUCCUAAGAAUUGCAUCUUUGAAAGGAGUUCAAAAGUUUCUCUAGUCAAUACUCCUAAUCAUUUAUUUUUAUCGCUCUAUCUUAUUUAUCUUUAGAAAAUUCAUUUUUCCUUAUUGUAAUUUUAAGAAAAGGAUACAAACCAAACAAAAUAUAAAAAAAUUAAAAGGAAAUUAAGAAAGAAAGAUAGGAACGGUUAACUAUCAUGAUUUCUGCUGAUAAUCUAACUCUUUGCAUUAAAUUUUCGUGUAAAAUAACUUGGGUAGAAGCGACCCUUCUCUUAAGGAUAGAAAUAUCACGGUGAUGAUGCAAGAUUUACUUUGGCAUCUUUCAGUUCUUAGUUUCAAUUGGUUUUGGUAUUUAAAGAGCCUUAAGUCCAUUAAAUUUAAUUCGUUUAAGUUUCGGUAUUAUUUAAUUUUUAUGAUCUUUUUUUUCUUGGUUUUCAAAACCAACAACAAUGAGUAUCUGUGGAAAGAAAACCAUGUUAGUUCUCGCUAAAAUGUUUUUGAAUGUAAACUAGUAUCCAGUCAGUGGUCUUAGCAAUUUGUUCAAUCACUAGAAACUUCUGAAUUUUUAAAAGUCAUCAUUUGCACCUCUGAUGGCAAGAAGGGUUUGUCUAAUAAUGACUCUCUCAGCUUCCAAAGUUGAGGAUCUCCCAAACCCAGCAAGGAUAUUUAUAAUUUGCAAAAUAAAAUGUGUUCCUUAGUUGGAAGCCCUCAAAAUGCAACCGUGUGACUCUUACGUCAAUCUGAGUCCAAGACAACUUUUUUUUAUUUUUUUUACUUUCUCCGCUGAACAAUUUUCUUGCUCAUUGUUACUUUUUAUUGUUUGUUUAAUUUCAUCUUAACAGCAUUGUUAUGUUGAAAUCAUGAGGAUUGAAAGGUUCUCAUGAUUGAACAGGCGUUAUUGAUUUUAAAUUGUGAUGCAAGAAGAUAAAAUACAAUCGUAAUUUAAAGCCAUGUUUCGAAGCUUCUCAAGCUCAUCAACAGUCAGAACCAUCUUAUCAAGCCUUUCCAAUUCCAAAUCUGGCGUUGUAAUGUAAAUUUAUGAUGAACUGUGUCAAAUAUGUGUGCAAGACAUCCUGAUUUUGGUUCUGCUGUCUGAAAUGAGGCAUUUAAAUUUUGAUCUUAUCUUAUCUUUAUCAAACUUUGUAUUCUUAUAAUGAUUGUAUUUAAUUAGUGAAUAAGUAUCGGGUAGAAGCCUCUUGAGGGGCAGUUCUAAGUUAAGGAAGAGUGAAGGUAUCCACACCUGCUUUUAACUUUUCAUCAAUGCUCUGGCUUAUUCACCGAAGACCAGUGUAAUUUUCCCAUUGAUCAUUUGAAUAUCUUCCAAAAGAACAUUAGACUAAAUUUUCAAAUUUACUUUAGAUCUAAGAUUGAAUUUUUUAUUAGGAAAAAGUAUCAAAAUCUCUACUAUUGUUUAAUAACAUUUUUUUUUUAAAAUUUCAUGGGUUCACUAUUUGAUGUUUUUAACUGUAUUUGAUGUGUGUUUGGUUUGCACUUAAAAGAAUGUCUUCUCAAAAAAUUUUCUACUGCUGGACCAGCAGAAUUUAGUUAUAAUGGGAUGUUACACAUGGCCGGGAAAGUGUCAAUAUUUUCAAUUUUCCCCCUUAUUUCAGAUAGGUUUUAAAGUUUUUUGUGGUUUUUCUUUCAUUCUAAUCAUGGAAAUUUCAUUCAGUGACUAGAACAGCUAUAAAGAUGUUGCUUGAUCAAGACUUCUUGUAGAACUGAUUCUUAUUCGGACAGUGUUUUUAAAUUUAAAUUUUUUUAUACUAGUCUAUCGUAAUCUUGUAUCAGCUAGUAUCAUAUCAGUUUUUAUCAGAUGUGUCUGAAUUUUCUGGAAACAUAUCUUAUCAAUUAAUCAAGCAUAGAAUAUUUUACUUGUCUCAGUUGUUUUUACGUUUUUAAUGUGUACAGGAGUUUUGAGAGGGAUAGAUCCUAAAAUUUAUGGUGUCGCACGCUCUAAUCUCAUAAAAAAUAUGUGUUAGAGAAUUUUUUCCAUAGCGUAUUUGUAAGUCUUUAUUAAUGUAACAUCUUCUUGAACUAAGAUUUCAAGGUCUAUCUUACAAUUUACUCAGAUUUAAAUUUAUGAAAGCUGCCUUCAUAACAAUUUCAAUACCUUCAUCUCUGUCAUAUUAUACCACAUUGCAGAGUAAUUAUAUCUAUGGAAAUCAUUCUAUUUAAACUUUCAGAGCAUCAGAAGACUCCUUCAUCCCAGAAGUGAAUUAAGGAAAUUAAAAGCUUUGAAAUCCAGCUUGUGUCUUCAAGACCUUCAUAUCCUUAAUUUAGGUUAAAGUUUUAAGUCAGACCAGUUUCUUACUUACUUAGGAUUUAAGCUGAUAAAUGCUGUCGGAGUUUCUGUAAACAUUUUUUAUUAAACUUUUUGAUCUACUCCUUGUCGAAUAGUUUCAAAGCAAGGCCAGCUCUUUGGUCUUGGCAGUGAAAUAUGUUUAAAGUUUGUUAUACCUUCACUUUUAUUUGUAGGGUACACAUUCAAAGAGCAUCAUGGAUUAGGAGUCAAGUAAAAUUUUUUGAAAUAAAGGAAAGCAUGUCUAAAGUCGGUAAAACUUUGAUAUA